ACCAGCUGGUGCGGCUAUAUAGAGGGGGGCAUGCGCUGUGACCGGACAGCGAGCCUAGGACCCCGCCUCUGUUUUUAGAGAAAGUCGAGCUAUCCCGGGGGCAUCCACAACUGUUCACUGGAGCCAGGAAGCCCGCCAAGAUCCACAAGCUGCCCGGCCGGGCCCCAGUUUGGAAAUGUGAUCUAAGCCUAAUUGGUCCAUUGCACCUCCACAGAACUGGUGAAGAGCUGCUAAGGUCGACUGGUGCCCUACUUCUCCCGCAUAAGUCGCUCCUGCUACAGAAGAGUACAACAGGGAGGGUUGAUCAACAACUGUAUCCGAUUCUGUAUCUCUAUUAGCCGGCAGAACCCGAGUGAAGAGCUGCUAAAGUUGACUGCUGCCCUACAUCACGCACAUAAGUCGCUCCCGCUUCAAAAUAUUACAACAGGUAGAUACGGGAACGUCUGUAUCUGUGUAACCGCCCUUCGGCGUAAGACACUACCAUGGGGUUUGACAUCGAGAGAUUCGUCGGGACUGUGAACGAGGGGCUUCUGUGCUGCGUUUGCCGGGACGUGUUGGAAGACCCUCUCCAAGCGCCUUGCGAGCACGCCUACUGCUCCACGUGCAUCCACGGCUGGCUCGUUCACGACCGGAUCUGCCCAGAAGACCGACAGCCCCUGAACAUCACGCAGCUACGGCCGCUUUUCCGCUACAUGAAGAACGAUUUGGACAGGUUACAGAUCCGCUGUAUUAAUGCCCAGCACGGCUGUACCGUCGUGUGCGAACUAGAAAACAUCUCAAAACACGAGCGGGAGUGCGGGUUCGUGACCGUCUGCUGCCCGAACAUGGGCUGCUCGACGAUCGUGGAGCGGCGAAACCUCGACGUGCACCUCAACGUUUGCGACUUCCGUUGUAAGGAGUGUCCGCGCGGAUGCGGCAUGCAGAUACUGAAUCACGAUGAUGCCGAACACAACUGCAUCGCAGAGCUCCGAACGGAGGUCGAGCUUCUCCGCGCGGAGAUGAUCUGUAAGCUGGAAGACCAGCGGAGAGAGAUGGAGUCGCGCUUGGACUCGCAGCGCCGCCACAUGGUUCAGCGGGAGGGCUUGCUACAGGCAGAGGUCGACGACUUGAAAGGACAGGUGACCCGCAUCAUGCAGGAGAUGCGGUCCCUGAUGGAGAUGGAGCGGCAGCGGAGGCAGGACCUGGAGCGGGCAGAGCUGGAGAAGAGGGAGCUCAUCGAGCUGAUCAAAGGUAUCCCCCGCGAGGGGUCAGAGGGCAUCAAGAGCGUUACCUGUAGUCGCUGCAAGAGAAGCGAGAGGAUAACGAUAAUAUAAGAUGUCCAUGACAAG